ACCAGUAUGAGUAAAAAGGACCAGAUCCUAUAUAGAAGUAUAAAUAUCCUGCAGAGUAUCAGAACAAGCUAACGAAGAUGUCGAAGUUAUCGUUUAGGGCACGCGCCCUAGAUCCCUCCAAACAAAUGCCUAUUUUUUUGGCUGAAGAGUUACCCGAUUUGCCGGAGUAUUCAGCCAUCAAUAGAGCAGUCCCACAAAUGCCAAGUGGUAUGGAAAAAGAGGAGGAAUCGGAACAUCAUUUACAACGAGCCAUAUGCACUGGUCUCAUUAUACCUACACCAGAAGUUUAUUCCACCGAAGCUGAAUUUUACGAUAAGAGUUAUCCACCAAAUUUUCGUAUGCCACGACAAUUAAUACACAUGCAACCUCUUGGCUUGGAACAAGAUGUACCCGAAUAUGAUAUGGAUAGCGAUGAUGAGCUAUGGAUAGAUCUCCAAAGGAAACGUCUCGAUUUAACGCCGUUGAAAUUCGAACAAAUGAUGGAUCGUUUAGAGAAAAGUUCCGGUCAGACAGUGGUUACGCUAAAUGAGGCCAAAGCUCUGCUUAAGCAAGAUGAUGAGGUCAGCAUAGCAGUAUACGAUUACUGGUUAAAUAAACGUCUGAAAAUGAAAAAUCCUUUAAUACUUACGGUUAAAACAGAAAAUCGACCUGGCACCUCAUCAAAUAACCCAUAUUUGGCAUUUCGUAGGCGCACAGAAAAAAUGCAAACCCGAAAAAAUCGUAAGAAUGACGAGACCUCAUAUGAAAAGAUGUUGAAACUAAGGCGUGACUUACAGCGUGCCACUACGGUUUUAGAGAUGGUAAAGCGUCGUGAAAAAACUAAACGCGAACAGUUGCAUUUGUCCAUUGAAAUCUUUGAGAAGCGUGUUCAGCUCAAGGACUUUAGCGGAGCAUUGCUUUCUGAGCUCAGUGCUACACUUAAAAAUACGAGACCCGCUUUUGCUCCGUUAUACGCGAACCAAUACUCACAUCACCACCACUCUUCGUCUUCGGGAGGAACACCAACAGCUGUAGUGCCAGGAGCGUCUUCGUCGGCGGCGGGUUUAUGUAAUGUAAUGGGUUCGAGCGGUGGCUUACUGACGUCAGUUAGCAACGUUUCAGCUGGCGGCGGCGCGAGUCAUUUGUAUUCAUCAGCAUCGCAGUACCUGAAUUCCGCGAAUAUAGCUAUGGAUGCAUUAAAUACGGGUAGUCGCAAGGAGAAGCGUCAAUAUAAAAAGCGUAAACAUAAAAUACCCCGCGAUAAACAACAGUUACAGCAGCAACAACAGUAUUUAGCAGGCAUUGGUGUGAUGCCAGCGUCAGCGUCAUCAACAGCAGGCGGUCUAGUUGGGUCGACUUCUAUGACUGGCAGUGCGGUUCAUCAUGGCCAUCAUCAUCAUUUGCCCCAUCAUUUACAUCCCCUGCAUCGACAAAGCUCCUCGCCAGCUCCCAAUGAGUCGAAUAUCGAAACGGAAGAGGAAGACCUAGCGCACAAAGUUGGCUCGGAGAGCGAAGAAGAGGCUCCAUUUGCAUUUAGAAGAAAACAAGGCUGCGAUUAUUUGAGGACGAGGACUCGUACGGGCAAUUGGCCCUGGGAGCCCAAAGAAGAGGACGGAUAUGGCGAUAAUAAGUAUCGUUUUACGCUCACGUCCAUAAGACACCCAAGAGCUCGUUGUAUUGGUUUUGCCCGCCGUCGUUUAGGACGUGGCGGUCGUGUUUUAUUAGAUCGCGUGGCUACAAAUUUUGACGAUUUCUGGUCACAACUUGAUUACACGAUACUCGAAACGCCGCAUACACUUAACGAAAACGCUAAUAAAGCAGCCUUAAAGAAACCUGCUUCACCACCGACCGUUGUUGAUUUACCCCGCAACGCCUUUGCGACGGGCGUGGGUUCGUUGCUUAAUUCUAGUUCUGUCACACCCGCCAUUGAAAUUAAGAAAGAGGUUAACGAGGUCGGCGUAAUAGAUAAUACGAAUAAUCGUAAGCAAACGCAAAGAAGCAUUGAUUACGCAUAUUUCUCUGAAAAUAAAAUUGAGCGGAAAUAUGAAGAACGCAAUGAAAUGGAGACUGAUCAAUAUGAUGGCUUCCAAAUAUCUAGAGAUACUCAGUAUCAAUCAUAUUUGUCUGUAAGUCAAGCAGAACCGGGGCAGAACCGAAAACUGCCAUCACCAGCAUUUGAGCCCGACGGCAAAGAGAAGCAACAAACAGUAAUGAAGUUGAUGCAGCGUAGGCUGCUACUGAAACUGUCAAAAUCAUUGAACGUCGACUUAAAUAGUACUAGUGAUAAAGAUAGCAUCAAAACAUCAGUGGUGUGUCCAAAUAAUACAAUAUCAUGUCAGUCGCAGUCCCAUAAUGAAAUCAAACAAGAGAAUAUUAACAGCGACAAAGGAGAUAAUGUGGAACAGCAUACAUCGCUAAACGCAAUUAGCCACCGAAUUAAUAACACAUUGGUUACUUUAGUUGGCGAGGUUCACGUUAACAGUAUAAAUCACAACCACAUUGGUAGCAGCAGCAUCAACACUAGUAAUAAUUUUAACAACCGAACUCUUAGUUGUAGUGGUAGAAUUAGUAAUCUAAGCGAUAAAUACAAUGUGAUAAAAACGGAAGCGUCACCGUCGUUGGAAGCGACGAUGGCCUCCUCUGUUCAACUACUGGAUCCUUCAGAACGUAAAUUUAUAAAGCAAGAGCAGAUUGACUUGACUGUCAGCUUAGCUUCAGCGGAUGAUUCCAAUGAGCCCUUGAGUAGCAUUCAGAAAAUGACCUGCGGAUCCACCUCUUCGCAUACAGACAUUAUGGAGGAUGAAGAAAAUGUCAACCUGGCUCAGCUUAGUAAUCUGAUAAAGCAUACAGUCAAAAAAGAAAUCUCAGAAGAAGGACAGUAUCCUUCAAGUCCAAACGUGGAAUCAAUAUAUAAAUCUAAACAAACCUUACGAGAAAAUGAUUUGCUAGCAACCUUUAAAGAAAUUGAUGAAGAGGAUGGGGUCUGCAGUCUAAAUCAAAUGCCUGACGUUGUACGUGUUGAAAAUAUGAAACGCCCGAGAGUGAGAAAAGUCCGCACCAAUUCAGCCGUUGGUUUGAAUGGCGUAAAUCUUUUAAUUGAAGAAGUUGCUGCGGUUAAUAAUAAUUCCGAUCAAGAGGAGGAAAUGGCUAUGAUGGGCAGUCUUUCACCAAGCUCAAGUCAAAGGUUAGAUGUGUGCAAUGAGCUGUUGUCGGAAAUUCGCCGCGAUUGGGUGCAUUUUCGUCCUAAAACGCCAACAGAAACGGAAAAGCAGGACGCUUGCUCAUUAGAUUUAGAGGCGAAAAUAGAGGCGCGUGUACCUCUCGUCAGUUGGUCGCAACAAAGCCCUAUAGCGAUUGAAAUGCUAAGAGAACCUCUGGAAUGCAGGACACACAAGGAAGACGACGAAAAGUCAAUAUGGAAAGCGGGAGCAGACAAAGAUUCGCUGUUCAUUACUUCGUCAUUUAAAUACGAUGACUUGGAGCCGGACGCGCAACUUUUGCCGCAAGCUUACUUAGCUGACUUUGCAAGGAGCGAUAGCAAGAGUCCCGAAGUCCAGAGUCAUCAAACUAACGCUUGUCUGGAUUUUAAUCUCAGCGGCGAUAGUCUAAAUGAUAUUAAUCUGUUAGGUGAUGGCGACGAUGCGGAUAUGCUAGACAAUAUAUUGCAAGAGGUUCAGAUAGAUGAUAUAAAAACUCUUAAUCAAGCGACUAACUUUUGGAAUGGUAUUUUGGACGGCGAAGCUGUAGACGCGGAAGUAGUUGGCGAUGUAGAAACGGCUGCCGGCUUGUUGGACGGUAUUGAUGAAGCGAAGAAAACUGGUGAUAAAUCGUCAAGUGGGGGAAAACGCUGCCAGCACAAUAAAGGAAAAGCUGGUAAACGUUCUUGUGCGCUAUUAAUGCCGGUGGGGUGUUCAAGUUUCACUACUACUGCAUUAAACAACGAAAGUUUACGUGAUGAUUGUUUCUUCCACAAAGAGCAAACCAAAACGAAAGCACCUGCCAUUGAUGACGUUAUUCCUGAAGAAAUUGUGGAGAUAAAACCAGAGCCCAAGGAGGUUAAGGUGGAGGCUGUGGUUGCGAAUAGUAACAAUUUGCCAACGUUACCACCACUUCUCCCGCCUCCCACUUUAGUACCGCAACCAAUGCUUAGGCCAGCUUUGGCUAUGACGACAACGACAGCAACUACAAUGCCUUCUUCAGCUCCCGUACCCGUCUUAAAUAUUAAUCAGAACAAAGGAAAUGAACCAACAAUAGAACAUCAAACAGGAAUUGUUGUACAGCAGCAACAAAUAAGGCUGCCGCAGCAACAACAACAGCAACAACAGCAACAACAACAACAUCAUCAUCAAUACUUGGGAUCACAGCCUGCUAUGGCUGCUCCAUUGACCAUUGCAAGCACCGCUGUAAGUCUGGCAACAACGAAUCCCAGUGUCCAGCCAGCACACCAGCAGCAAUUUACUACUUCAGCUGCUACUAUUCAAGUGUUGCAACAACAGCAGCCUGCUGCCCAGCAAAUCCGUAAUGUUACUAUUCAGCAAUUGCAUCAAUUGCAAUUGCAGCAGCAAAGAAAAAUACAAUUGCAACAGCAGCAACAUCAAAAACUUCUUAUGCAACGAGACACAAGCGUUUUGGCGCAAUACGUGCCUAGUUCAGCUCACAAUUCAGCGACGACAUCGUCACCUACGUCAACAAUGUUACGUCAACCGUCUUUAACGCCCAUUGGAACCACAAGUGCAGCCAAUAGUGCCACGGCCAGUCAAAUGAUUUACACUACUACAUCGUCAGGCGAAGUUAUCGCGGCAGCUGGUUCUCCGAAAAUAUACCUGCAAAAAGCAUCUGCAUCGGGGGCGGCGAGCCAUAGCCAAGUCAACAUCAUCAAUACCAGCAGUGGGCAAUUAACGGUACAGAAUAUUGCCAAUGUUCAGCAAUUAACAGCAAGUGGCAGUGGCACAAAUACCUCGGCUGGUGGUUCGCUGAUUGUUGCUACUGCCACGCGUAAUGCAGUACAGCAGUUAGCUCAACAACAGCAACAGCAAUUAGUUAAUCAACCCAUUGUUUGGCGUCAGAUCGGUUCUACAAAUGUUACUACAGCUCCCGCGGGUAUAAUGGCAGCAACGGCCAGCACUUCUACUGAUGGAAGUGGUAACAAAAUAGUCUGGGCCAGUCGUCCAGCUACAAAACGGCACUUGAAUGGUCCAGAGAACGCAGAUAUCAGCAAAUUGCUGUUGAAUCGCAAACUUUCGCAACGAAAAAUUGUAGCACAACAACAGCAGCAAUUGCAAGAUGAUGAUCUAACAGUAAACGUUCUAAGUAGCGGCCCAGAGGCAGUAGCAGCUCCUACAACUACGAAUGUUACGUAUGCAAGUAAUCAACAGCAGCAGCAACCACAACGGCAACAUCAAUUGCAUAAAGUGCAGGGCGGAAAGCUAAUCAAGAUGCCGUCAUUUCCGUUACUGGUAUCAGAAGUCAAUUUGCAGCAGCAACAACAGCAACAGCUGCAGCAAAAGCAUAAUUCAGCAGCUGCUGCUAUAGCGGCAGCAAAUCACAACUAUAGUCUGCAACCGACGGCCAUUAUUACAUCUCAAUCCUCACAGCAGGGCAAUAAAAUUUAUUUAACUAGUAGCAGUAGCAGCAACGUGAAUGCAGCCGCACCCACCAAUUUUACGAUAACUAAUGCCAGCGAUUUGCAUACAGCUGCCCAGAAGCUGCAACAAGGUAACCACUUACCGACUAACGCCACCAAUCUUAAGCUUAAUUUCGUAACAACAGCGUCCGUUGCUCAGCAACAGCAGCAUCAGCAACAGCAUCAAACAUCGUUAACUGUCGGUCAACAGCUGGUAUUAAAUAAGUCAAGCAUGCAACAACAACAACAACAAUUGUUGCAACAUCAAUUGCUACAGCAAUCAGGAAAAUUGAAACGCGAACGUAUACUAAAUAUUAUAGGAGCCACGCCAGCAAGCAGCAUGGACGUCAAUAAUACAACGGCAACAACGACGGGAGUAGUGGCGGGCAAUACAGCAGAAGGCAGCAGUAAGCGUGUAUUAUAUACCAGCUUGCUGAAUGUAAAACCUUUGCAGAAGAACAAUGCCGGACAAAUGCAGGUACAAAUUGGGCCGCAAGGCAUGGCUCAUGCCUUACUACGUGGUCGCAUUGCCAAUAAUCAAGCGAUUUUUACAAAUAUGCGUACACUGCCUAUAGCGGUAAGUACGGGUGGUUCAGCUGUCGUCAAUAGUACACCUUCAGUAUCGGCAAAUAAUAUACAAGUACUUAGCGGGAGUGGUAGUAGCAAUAAUAUAAGCAACAAUUGCACUAGCAGUGGCGGAGUCGUUAAUAACUCCAGCCACACCCUGUCUAGUGAAAACAGUGCAAACAACCAAGACAUGUUAAUGAAUAAUAAUUCCGCUACAGUUGCCAGCUCUGCCUCAGUUCUAAAUACAGUUGGCGGGGUGGGAGGCAAGGAUGUGAAAAGUGUUGUCGUUGAGUUGACAGCGAGCGGUAAUGCUAAUAACGGUCCAUGCAUGGCAAAUAAUAAUAGUAAUGCGGCAAAUGGCAACAAUAUACUAACGUCCUCGUCCUCGUCCUCUAUAUCAAUAACAAACAGCAAUAGCAAUGGUAACAGCAGUAAUUCUAGUAAUAGCAAUGCAACGGCGUCCAUGCUUGCAACCAACAAUACAACAAUCAAUAGGUGAGACGAGGCCAGGUAACUACCAUUAAAAAAUGAAGUUAAACAAGAAGAGCAGCAACAAAUUAUGGUAUUAGUGGUUAAAUUACUAAUUGCUGAUCAAGUUGCAAAGGCUUAUCAAGCUUUACUCAAUUUUGUACCAAUCCUAGCGACAAAACAACAAGCGAGGAGAAACAGAGAAGCCGAAGAAGAACACUAUGCCACCAUAAAUAGUUCGAAAUUCCUUCUUCGCUAUAGCAAAUUAACACCAAAAACAAUAAUAAUUCAAAUCAAGCUAAACAGCUGUUAUUGCUACAAGAACAUUUAGCGACACGUUGCCUCCAGUUCAGCAAGCCCGAUACGUAACGCUUUUAAGGCUCAAAAAAAAGAAAAGAAAAAAAAAAGUUUUUUUUUUUUUUUUAUUUUUUUGCUAAAACGUCCAUACGACGACAAUAAUAUGAUGACAUAAAAAAAAAAAAAAAAAAAAAAAAAAA